AUGUCGAGCGAGCGUGAACAUCUUUCCUCAGAAGCGUUGGAAGCAGCUUGCAUUUGUGCCAACAAGCACAUGGUGAAGAACUGUGGAAAGAACGGCUUUCACUUACGAGUUAAAAAACAUCUUUAUCACGUUACUCGGAUUAACAAAAUGUUAUCAUGUGCCGGCGCUGACAGCUUGCAAACGGGAAUGCGCGGAGCGUAUGGGAAGCCACAAGGUCUCGUAGCUCGUGUUGAUAUCGGAGACAUUUUUUUCUCGAUGCGUGUUAAGGAAGCAAAUGUAAACCACGCUGUUGAAGCUUUCCGUUAUGCCAAGUUCAAGUUUUCUGGUUGGCAAUUGAUUGCUGUUUCCCGUAAAUGGGGCUUUGCUCGUUGGGACAAAGCCGAUUACGAACGUAUACGCGCCGAAGGACGCCUACGAUCAGAUGGUGUCAAUGUACAGCUCGUUCGUGAGCACGGUCCUCUUGAGAAGUGGUUAUCUCUCACCACUGAUCAAAAACUUGAAACAACGCCAUUCACACCAAAAUGUCCGAAUAUUUUGAAGCCAAUAAGUGAUUCAUCUUAA